AUCAAUUGGAACGGAUGAUUGUAUCGAAUUUGAAUGAAUUUAUUGAAAUUUUUAUCAUGGAUGGAUAUUUGAUAAUGACUGAAACACAGCUGAACAACGCCGGCUUCAAUCCAAAGCAGCAACAACAACAACAACAAGAGCAGCGAGGUAAACCGAAAGAAAAACAGUCAUUUGGUCAGCCAGUCGUAUGCUCUCCGACGUGGAAUGUUCCAGUAGCGCUGCAAAUAUUCUGGAAACCGAUUCUGUCGAUCCUGAAUGGCCGGAAAGCAUUGCCUCGGUUAUUGUUCCAUCUGAUAGUGGCGUCUAAUUCGACAUCCUCUUCGUCACCUGCUCUCACGUCCGCAGCCACGACAAAACCAUUGCUAUCGUCGUCGUCGUCGUCGUCGUCGUUGCUAUCGAAUCCAAACUCAGUAAGGCAACUGCAGUUAAUUGGAUGGGCUGAUCGUAUGCUAGACGCGUUCGUACAUUCACAGCAACUGAACGAAUUCGAGUGGAAGUUCAUCGUGAAGGCGAUGUUGAAUGCUCGCGAUAACUUCACCGAGAAACGUCUCAAACAAAGU